AUGGCAUCCAAAUCAACACCAGGCAUUUUGUACGUGACGAUGCAACCCAAGGAGGGCUUGCCUGAAGCACAGUUCCAUGAUUGGUACCAAAACGAACACGGCCCUAACCGUCUCCGCCUGCCCUUCUGCAACAACGGUUUCCGCUACCGCGCAACCGACCUCGAGAAUGCGUCCGGCUCCAAAGAUAAACCAGAAUGGAUGGCCAUUUACGAUUUCGACGAGCUCGAAUGGCUCACGAGGGAACCGUACACGAAGCUUCGGAGCGCACCGGUGCAGACGCAACGUGAACGAGAUACCAUGAAGCAGAUAUUCGUGGACAGACGGUCGUACGACUUACUCGGCGAGUGGAAAGGCGAGGACUUCAAGGACCUGCAGAAAGUAGAAAACGAGGGGGAGAAGAACGUGAUGAUAGCCGUAAGCUUUGCGCUGCAAGACGGCGCGGACAAGGAAGAAGAGCUGAAGAAAUGGUAUCACGAGGAGCAUGUACCGCUCCUGCAGAAGGUCCCAGGCUGGAGGCGGACUAGGAGGUUUGUCACAUCUUACCUAGAUCUCGAAAGCGGACACAAGUCAGAGAAAGAGUUCCUUGCGCUGCAUGAGUAUGCGCCGCAGAAUGGACUAGGAGGGCCCGAGUUUAAGGCUGCUACCACAACAGAUUGGUGCGACAAGAUCUACAAAGAUGUUGUGAAAGAACGGAAGAGGAGGGUUUAUGACUUGUACUAUACGUUUGGGGCUGCGCAGCGCGACCUACAAAGUUUGACAAGCAAAGACACGGCACCAGUGGAAAGCACAGAAGGCAAGGUCAAGACAUAUCCAGCGCACACGACAUCAGACAAGCGACCGGUGAUUGAGAGCUUCAUCACAACGAAAGACGGUGUGGAACUCCAGUACCGCCUCGAAGGCUCUAGCGAUCCCAAUGCGCCUUUACUUGUUCUCUCGAACAGUAUCCUCGUCGAUUAUGGUAUUUGGGACGACUUCGUCGCCGAGUUUUCAAAAGCUACAAACGACAAAUACCGCAUCCUCCGCUAUAGCACUCGUGGACGUCAUACGCUUCCGUCAAGUUCUACAUCACCCAUCUCAGUUCACACCCUCACAGACGACGUCAUCGCACUGCUCGACGCCCUCCGCGUUAAGAAAGCAUCUAUCGUCGGUGUCUCUCUUGGCGGCGCAACAGCACUCAACGCAGGUCUCUCUUACCCAGACCGUAUCUCAGCGUUUGUAGGCUGCGACACCAAUGCCUUCGCCCCACCUUCCAAUGCCAAUGCCUGGAACGAGCGUGUCGGCGUCGCUGAGAAAGAAGGCCUAAAGGCCGCAUCCGGCGAACCCAUUGUUGGCGAAGAACUCGCAGAGGUGACAGUCCGUCGCUGGUUCGCCAAGGAAUCUUACGACGAUGCGGAGCUAGCGAAGAAGGUUCAACGUGUCAAGGACAUGGUCAAGACGAAUUCUUUACCUGGUUUCCGUGAUUCCGUCAAGGCGCUGCAUCAGUAUGAUAUCAGGGAGAAGAUGGCUGGGUACAAGGGUAAGGGCGCGUUCUUGGUAGGUGCUGGCGAUGGCGUGCUGCCUAAAACCAUGAAGGAGAACAUGGCGGAUAAGCUUGGUAGUGGUGUUGAACUGAAGAUUGUUGAUGGUGCGGGACAUUUGCCCAUGGUAGAGCGGCCUACAGAGGUUGCGCAAUUUGUUGCGAAGUUUCUAGAGGGUUAG